AUGAGAGCUCAGUCCAGGACGAGCCGGAGGAUCAGAUAUCAGAUAUUUUUGUCUUGUAUUCACAGUGAUUGUCUUCCUGUGUUUGCAGCUAUCCUUGGCAUGUACACACUGAUGAGCAACAAGCAGUACUACGAUGCUCUGGGCACCACGGGAACCAUCGCCAACACGGAGGGCAUCAACAGUGUAGUGAAACCAGAUCCAUUUAAGAUUUUCCCAGACGAACCGCCGAAUUCCACCAACGUGGAAGAAACUCUGGAGAGGAUCCACAACAACGACAGCAGCCUGACGGAGGUCAACCUCAACAACAUCAAGGACAUUCCCAUCCCAACUCUGAAAGAGAUCUUUGAGGCGAUGAAGGGAAACUCUCACGUGGAGUUUCUGAGUAUCGCUGCGACACGUAGCAACGACCCUGUGGCUUACGCGUGUGCUGAGAUGCUGCAGGAAAACACCAGCUUGCAGAGUCUUAAUGUUGAGUCCAACUUCAUCACUUCAGACGGCAUGAUGGCGAUCAUCAAAGCGAUGGCCAGCAACGCCACGCUGGUGGAGCUCAAGAUCGACAACCAGGUCUGACACUGUGUGUGAACC